UUGAAGCAUCUGAUCCUUUGACCUUUUCAGGGAAGCUCUCUGCGUUUGAGUCUGAAGUUGAUUCUGAUUUACACAGAAUUCAACCGAGAGAAGGAAUGCCUGCUUACCAUAAAGAGUCUGUAGUUGAGAGUUAUGGUAGUCCACUUGCUGGGAGAAAGGCUGUAAAAUCAGACCCUCGAAAAAGUAGACAGAAUGUUUUCAGCAGUAAAACACGUAAGCGACAGGCACUUUAUGAUGUAGUGCGAAACCAUCAAUAUUACAAUCUUUCUCUUGAAGAAUUCAACAAUGUUGUAGUAGUAAGCAAAAGCAAACCUCAAUCAAUUUGGAACGUCAGCCAAAUCAACUCAACAGAAAACACUGUCUUAAAAGAUUUAAUAACCCAAAUUAUGAAUCAAAACUCAACAGCAAGCAACACAAAAAAUGUAAAUCACAUGGAGCAAACUUUUCAGUUAACUCCUAGACCAUCGCCGUCCUCUCAACAACAUGGUCCUAGCCAAGCGAAUCAGAUCAUUUUGUCAAAUCAAACACCAAUCACCCCUGAAACUAAUCACUCAAACCUUCCACCCACAGAAGCUAAAGAGAGAUCAAUAACAACCCCGAUAUCCAGAACAACCCCUUCACCAGGGCCCACCCAGGCAUCAGUCACAAGCUGGGCAAUGGUGACCAAUCAAUCAUACUCAGUUGAUCCUUUUUUAGACACUAUCCACACACCAAAGACUGGCCACCAGCAUAGCCUAACCGGUCAGAAACCUGUUGCUACCCCAACAGCUCUAUCCAGCCUGGCUCCUCUUGAAUGCAAUAAACCUGCAAAUGACACACCGGUGGGGGCGGUGGUGGCACCCCAGAACUGCUUGUUCCCAGAAACCAGCCUUCCUUUCUGCUCCUUCAAUGGUGGGGACAGCUUUGCGGUGCCCAAUCACUUCAACCAUAGCUCCAUAGAGGAGGUCCAAGCCCACUUUAGCCAGUGGGCUUGGCUGCUGCGCUCCCGUUGCCACCAUAGCUUGGAAUGGUUAUUUUGCCUACUGCUGGUGCCAAAGUGUGGCCCCGGGGCCCGGCUGCCUUGCAGGAGUUCGUGUGAAGUGUUGCGGGACAGUUGCUGGACCAUCCUGGAUGAGGGACGCCUCCCGGUGGAGUGUCAAAUCCUGCCCGACGACCAGUGUUUGUCCCUUAGUAACCAGAAAGGUAACCCAUGGUUGGAGUGGAUCCUUUGUGUUUAAAAUAGGGAUCCAUUCUGAACCAGGUUGUUUAACCAGUUUGUCGCUCAACCCCCAAACCUAAAAAUACCCCCAAAAAACACUCCACCUUCCCAGUUUGUCUGGCUUUUUCACCC